AUGGCUGAUUCGGGUGCCCCCAGCGGCGAUGAUAUCAUCAACUCCUACCACCUCCCGCGGCCGCUUCCGCUGUGGCUCAACUCACAUUGCGCAAAGCACAUUGUCAAGGGAAAUUUCAUGACCCUGAGCGCUCGACCAAAGACGGUUGAGCAGGGGGAGUGGGUUGCUCAUCAAGUUGUCGAGCACUAUCGCAACCUCUGGAAUUUCGUUCAGGUGGUCCACGCCAAGGAGGAGAACGGAAACACCAUCUGCAACCCAACAACUUGCCCUCGCAUGUCCGCAGGAGCCAACCACUCCUUCACUUGGCUCAACAGUCGUCGUGAGCCAGUUGAACUGCCAGCUCAUGAGUACAUGACACUCAUGCAGCGAUGGAUCACCGGCAAGACCGACGACACCGCCAUCUUCCCAACUGACCCUUCCGGCGUCUCCUACUCUCACAAUUCCGCCAUGUCGUCGACGCCACUCUCACAGCUCACCAACCCAGGCGAGGCUGACUGGGUCGGCAAGCGAUCUGGCUUCCCGGACAAGUUCAUUGACAUCUGCCAGAUGAUCUUCCGCCAAAUGUUCAGAGUCUACGCCCACCUUUACUGGGCUCACUUCUCAGAGCCUUACUACCACCUCAACUUGGAGAAGCAGCUCAACAGCUGUUUCUCACACUUCUUGCUAACGGCCACUGCGCUGGACAUGCUGGGGAAGCAGGAGCUGGAGCCAAUGCAGCCAUUGAUCGACCUCUGGGCGGCCAACGGAACGUUUCCCCCCGAGUCCAAGGUCUACGAGUAUGCCAGCAUCCGGGCUGGUGAGCGAUUGAUUCAGCUUGCAGGCGUCGCGCAGUAA